AGGCAACCCUGUGGAAGGUUGAUUGUUUUUUAUUGUAGAUUUAAAAUCGUAGAUUAUCAAGGGCGGGCACUAUAGUGAACAAUAAAAACACAUCCAACAAAGUAGUAAUAUAAUACUUUAAGAGAGGAUUUGAGGAAACAACUAAAAUAUUGAAUUUAAAAUGUCUGAUACAGGAUUAAAUGUAGAUUUGGCUCAAAGUAUGAUGAUUUCUCCCCAAUCAAUAGUUGUUGCGAACAAUAAUCAUCACGGAAGCAUUGUUAGUGGAGCAGGGAGAAGUUAUAACACAAGGAGAAUUCCUCAAACAAUUGCAGGAGGAAACCCUAGCAAUAAUGGAGGUGGAAACACCUUUUUGACAGAAGUUGCAACCAACGACCAUUACGACACUAGAAUAGUAUACCCAAAUGUUGCAGAGACACCUCAUCCUGCUAUUACUAAGGGAAAGUCAUACCAUGCACCGGUUCAAGAGCUUGGAUCCCAACUUUACGCUCUUCAUAAGAAACAACAACAAAUUUUACGUAAAAUUAACGAUCAGAGGCAAACAAUACAUCAACCAAUAGUUGUUCAUGGUUAUAAGGACUCUCAAUUUAAUAAUGGAAUUAGAAAAUUACCUCCACCACAAAAAAAGGAUGCCUACUAUCCUCUUAAAAAAUUGAAUAAGAGGAAACAGAUUGAGGAGUUGGCAGCAGAACUAUCUAAAAAAGAUAAUUUUGGUCACUCCUUUUCCAAACACUCUGUUGAUGAUGACACACUCUCUGUAAGAUCAAGGAGAUCUACAAAGUCAAGAAGUCUACCACCAAUAUCAACAAGAUCAGAGAACAGUGAUGCCAUAAGCCAGGCAUUCAGUGAUCUCAAUCCUGAUAGGGAUUAUCACGAUGACAAAAUUUCUCAAUUUUCCUCAACAUCUAAGAAUUCAAGAAAAAGUAGAAAGGGUGAGUCAGAGGUUUCAUUUUCUAUUGGAAGUGAUGCAGAGAGUGAUCGUAUUAGACAAUUAGAGGAGAGUUUGAAACAGGAGGAGAGCUCAAGACAAACCUUCCUCAAGGUUCUCGAUGACAUUCAGAAAAAGCAGGAAUAUUUAUUGAGCAAACUUUCUCCAGAUGACAGAAAACAAUUUGAAAACCUCUAUGGCGCGUCAUCUCUUGUUGCAAGCUUAAUGCCUUCCAAGGAUACUGAUUCAGUUUCACAUCUUUCUACUAAAGAUGUAGAUGCACUCUCAACUAGGGAGCACUUACCAAAACUCGACAAUCAACCCCCUUCUCAAAAGGGGCCCAAAAGUGUCUUCUCUGCCGCUCCUUCACAACACUCCCAAGUAUCGAGACACUCCUACCAUUCACAACAAUCUCAACAAUCAAACAUAUCAAAAUCAGCUAGUCAAUACUCCUAUCAAUCCAGAAAUUCAAAUACUUCUCACACCUCUGGAAAAACCACAACAUCUCAAAUAUCGACCAUUAAGAAAAUGAUUAAGGAAAUGUUCCAUACUAUUGUUAGUACAGAAUCAAUUGUGACUCUGGAUCAGUCAACUCAGUUAGCUAAACUCUUAGAAAAAUAUCCUGAUGUUUUGAAUGAAGAAGACAAACAGAGGUUUUAUGCAAAGCACAAUGACCCAAGAUUUAAUGGCGCCAGCUAUAGGUCAUUAAACACUAAGGAUCAUUUUGGAAGGGUUGUGUUUUAUUAAAAUUACUAAUAAACUUGUAAAUGUUAAAAU